CAAUGGAUUCAACAAGUGAUCUUCGUCGUGGAGCAUAUAAAGAACGUAGUCGUUUUAAGCCUGAAGAAGUGAGACGUAGGCGUGAAAAUGCUCAGGUAGAGAUUAGAAAGCAAAAGAAGGAAGAAAAUUUAGCCAAAAGAAGAAAUUUCAACAUGCAAGAAUUGAGUGCUGAUUCUGACGACGAAUUGGACUCGAGUGUUCAUGAUGCUCAAGCUAUCGCUCAAAUCCCUUUCAUGGCUCAAAGCAUUUAUACAGAAGACGGUGGAUUACAGCUUCAAGCAACAACACAGUUUAGAAAACUCUUGUCAAAAGAAAAAAAUCCUCCUAUCAGAGAAGUUAUUGCUGCUGGUGUUGUUCCUCGUUUUGUUGAGUUCCUUCGUUCUCCUGACAGUCAACUUCAAUUUGAAGCCGCUUGGGCCUUGACCAAUAUCGCUUCUGGAUCAGCUGAACAAACCGAAGUUGUAGUGAAAUCAGGUGCUGUGCCUUUAUUCAUUGAAUUGCUGAGUAGUCCAGUCACUGAUGUGAAGGAGCAGGCUGUGUGGGCACUUGGUAAUAUUGCAGGUGAUAGCCCACGUUGUCGUGAUUUUGUAUUGCAAAAUGGAGCACUACCACCUUUAUUGGCCAUUUUUGAAGAAAGUUCCAAGUUAUCCAUGAUCCGUAACUCCACUUGGACUCUUUCUAACUUUUGUCGAGGCAAGAACCCACAACCAGAUUGGACACUGAUUGCGCCCGCUUUGCCUGUCUUGGCUCGAUUGCUCAACUCAACAGAUGAAGAAAUACUGAUCGAUACUUGUUGGGCCAUCUCUUAUUUGUCAGAUGGAUCGAAUGAACGCAUUCAGGCCGUGAUUGAUUCAGGUGUAACCAACCGACUGGUCGAACUCUUGGGUCAUCCCUCUACCUCUGUUCAAACACCCGCUCUUCGUUCUGUUGGCAACAUCGUCACAGGUGAUGACACUCAGACUCAACUUGUCGUCAACUGUGGUGCCCUGGGUGCUUUACUUCAAUUGUUGGCUAGUCCUAAAGAUGCAAUUCGUAAGGAAGCUUGCUGGACGAUCAGUAAUAUUACUGCUGGUAAUACAGCUCAGAUUCAAGCAAUCAUUGAUAAUGGUCUGAUCGAACCUUUGGUCUAUAUCUUGGCCAACGGAGAUCCCAAGACGAAAAAGGAAGCUUGUUGGGCUAUUUGCAAUGCCACAUCAGGAGGAUUAAGCAAACCUGAACAAAUCAAAUACUUGGUGAAUGCGGGAUGUAUUAAACCCCUGUGUGAUAUCUUGACGUCCAUGGACAAUAAGAUCAUUUUGGUAGCAUUGGAUGGUUUAGACAAUAUCUUACGAGUGGGAGAAAUGGAAAAGUCAAAUACGCCAGAUGGAUUUAAUCCAUAUGCAUUGUUGAUUGAAGAAUGCGGUGGACUUGAAUAUAUUCAUGCAUUACAAAACCAUGACAACGUAGAAAUCUAUAAGAAAUCAUAUCAAUUAAUUGAGAAAUACUUUACAGAUGGUGACGAAGAAGGAGCUGAUGCAAUGAUGGCGCCUGAUACUCAAAAUGGUCAGUUUAUGUUCCACAACGAAACCAAUGCGGGUGGAUUCAAUUUUUAAUUAUUUUUUUUUUUUCGAUGUGCCUCUUUUUUUUUUUUUUU